AUUUCUCAGCUCAAGACAAUAGCUAAUUACCCCAAAACCAACGAUUAAACUGAUUACAACUAUAUUUAAGGCACAGUCAUUCACAACUGACUACACAACUAGUCCACAGCCUCGGACAUCACACAUCACAACAUGGACCGAGAAAUGACCUAUUGCUUCUCGAUCUCGCGAACGGAGGGAUUGACUCCUAUCAAACGCUCUUCAUUCGCAAUCCAUGACAUCCUUGGACUGGGGGAAAAAGACUCGAAGCCCAAAACCGAUUCGUUACUGCAGCAAGGUUCUCCAGAGCGCUCUUUUCAUGCCACCGUUAACUCAGCCCUCGACAUAAUACCGGAAAAAUUCUCUGAUCUGCGAAGCAGCUCCAAGAAUGAGCCAUCAAGCUUACUGGUAUCACAUGAAAAGCUCGCUGGCAAGAAGACAAAAAAGAGACGACAUCGCACGAUCUUCACAAACUUCCAGCUCGAGGAAUUAGAAAAAGCGUUUAAAGACAGCCACUAUCCUGAUGUUUAUGCAAGAGAAAGCCUCUCGAUUAAGAUAGACCUUCCAGAGGAUAGGAUCCAGGUUUGGUUCCAAAACAGACGUGCAAAGUGGCGAAAGAAGGAGAAAUGCUGGGGACAUAGUUCAAUAAUGGCCGAAUACGGUUUAUACGGGGCCAUGGUACGACACUCCCUACCCCUUCCUCCACACCUAACCCCAAGCACUGCCCCAUGGUUACUAGGAAUGCACAAGAAAGCAAAGCUUGCAGAAGAGACCGGCAAAUCCGACUCCAACGAGAUGUCAGAUAAAGUCGAAGAAAGUGAGGAAGACAGGCGGACAAACAGUAUCGCUUCUCUGAGGAAACGAGCACUUGAACACAUUACCAACAACUUCAAACAAGACCAAGAAAUUGCUGUUAAGAACAUAAAACAAGAACACGAAGAGAGAUGCGAUAGUCCUGUUUCACCAGCACUUUCAAUAUAAUUCUAGUAAGUUUACAAAUGAGUACAGAACAAAGUCAAUGUCAAAAUAGAAAGCGUUCUUUAGUGACCGGUAGAAAGAUGGGUGAUUUUGCACGGAUUCGUCCCAAAUUUCUGAAUAUUGCGUAAAGGAGAUCGCAAAACUCAACUAUUGCUUAAACCCGUUUCAAGUCGAACCUUACAUGUGUCUAAGUCAAUGAAAAUAAAGAAACAAAAGAGUAAAGUAACUUUACGCUGCUCUAGUGGGCGCAAUUCAGAAGAAAAUUUCCAGCAUCCCUUGUAAAAAUUUGACCAAUCAGACACAAAUUAAACUACACAAUCUAAGGAGAUUGGGUACGGAUAAACAUUUUCAGCUAACCAUCAACUUUAAAGAUUUCUUUGUCARACGUGAAAACGUACGGUUUGUUUAUUUAUGCACCUUUGUUCGAAUUUUUGGUUACCAUUGAACGGUUUUCGUUGUAAAUAAUMAAAUACUUACAGACUACAUAGAUCCGUUAACAGAAAUAAUAUAAUAAUUUYUGAAUGUCAGAAGGCUGUGCGCUUUGAUAAAUAAAUCCCGCGGCCUCACUGCACCCAUCUAGUGUUUCUCGUCGAUUGUAGCACUGGUUAAUUCAAUAGAGGAAUGCAUGGAAACUGAACCACAUGAUACUAUACGGAAUAAGUACAAACUUGUAAGUUAUAUUUGAGAACUAGAAAUAGAUACAUUUCUCGCGAGACGAUACAAUAGUCAUUUUUUACACUCAAAGGUUUAGCGCGGUAAGACAACUUGUUUUCUUUAAAAAUCUUAAGAUGUUUGAAGAAUAUGAUAGAGAAAGUGAGAUUUUAAAUUUAUGAAAACCUUUGUCAAAGGUACAACACUAAAACAAUGUUACAUUAUGUAAUUUUUAUAGGAUAUAUACAAUAGAUUUGUGAGACUUUAUUCAUUUUAUCUCAGUUGAUUAUUGAUUCCUGAAUUAAAUGACUUGCACCUUUUUUAUGUUCAUUAUAGACAAAUACUUGCAUGAUAUUUAAAUAAUCUAAAUUCGUUAAGAUUGGUUUAUAGAUUAAUUAUAUAAUCUUGCCUGUUUAAAAGUAAAAAAAAAAUGACGGUAAUCCUGUGGUAAAUGCAGCUAAGGAGGACUAGUUCUACUUUCUAUUUUAUUCCCCCAACAACUUAAUUACCACAGGAAAUCAAUUGGCUAAAGAAACCUCCUGUCAAAAAAGAUGGAAACUUAUUAAGAGGUGAACAUGUACAUAAUGUUAAGUAGAUAUUUAUACAUAAAUUCACUAAAAAUCAAUUCGAAAUUGUAAUGCAUCGGCAAAACGGCAAAUAAAUGUCAUUCUAUUCUA